CCGAAAUUUCGCUUUGGCGAGCAUGUUCGGCGUCAUAACUGGGGCAUGGCUGAUGUUCCGUGCGCUUGCGCCGAAGCAUGGGAGAUCUCUGGUUUCCGACGAGGAGCGGGCGGCUAUGCAAGGUGGUCACGGUGACAAGUUCCCUGAGGGGAACAGGAGGGGGUUCGUCCCUGAGGAUAUAAGGAAGAAAUAGGGUUGAUCCUGCAUGCUUCCUUCUACGAGGCUCAUGAGCGACGUCCAGGAACAUGGUACUGAUAGUUUUGGGUGGAUCAGGCCUAAUGAAAUUCUGGUGAAGUAAAAACAACAGAUC